UGAAAACGUUUUUACGUUUCGUUUGUUUUGUUGUCUUAAAGAGCAGUGAAUUGUGAGACAAUUUGUGGUCAAAUCUGAUCCAAAGGCCUGAACGAUGACAACCGCCGCGCGUCCGACCUUUGACCCCGCGAAGGGUGGGUCAGGUAGGGGUGAGAAGAACCUUGGUGCUCUGUCCAAACAGUACUCAUCGCGGGAUCUGCCCGGACAUCUUAAGAUGAAAUAUCGACAGUCAGGUCAGGGAACCAGUGAUGAGCUGAAGGAGAAGGACUUCAAACGAGAACUCGAGGAAAGGGAGAGAAUGGCGUUGUCUGAGAGGGACGGCAAACGUGGCGUCGCUUCCAACGCAUCCAAUAGUGUCUCCAUUUCGGGCACGUCUUCGGCCAACCGGUCGACCACUGCCUCCAUCUCGUCGUCCAAUAAGAAGCAAAGAGUGGAAGCGAUCGGUGGAGUGAACGCUAAUAUAGACGCCGACGAAGUGUUGGACGACUCGGAUGACAGCGAUUCCUCGGACUCCGAAGACGACACUCAGGAGCUGUUGGCGGAACUGAAUCGCAUUAAGCGCGAGAGGGCUCAGGAGGACGCCAAACGAGACGCUGAACGCAAAGUCACCGAAGAGAGGAUCCGAAUGGAGAACAUCUUAAGCGGCAAUCCUUUACUCAAUUCAACGAAAAGCGAUUUCAAAGUCAAGAGACGAUGGGAUGAAGACGUGGUCUUCAAGAACUGCGCGCGAAAUGAGGUCGAGUCCAAAGAGAAGCCAUUUAUUAACGACACUCUGAGGUCGGAAUUUCACAAGAAGUUUAUGGAGAAAUACAUCAAAUGAUUAUAUCUUUCAUUUCAUUUCAACUUUUAAUACUAUUCUUACAUUUCUGAGUAAAUAUUUCAUUCAAUUAUGAUUUAAUUUCCGUAUUUUCGACUUAAUUACAUAUAAAUAAAGUGAUUUAUUAUUACAAAA